AUGAAAGACUUCGAGGCUAAUCAUUUAUUCAGUCUAGUGUGGGCCUACUCUACGGCGAAGAGGUUGGAUAAGCAGCUGUAUGAAGCCUGUCUCGAUAGAGUACGGCAACUGGGCAAUAAGAAAGACGAAGCGAAAGGCCGCGGAGUCGGUGAGAGGCCUCAGCCGGUGGACAUGGACGAGAUGGAUACCACAGUUCCGGCUGUCCUCCACGAGACGAAGCAUUUAAGUGUCAUCUGGAAGCCCGCUCAUUGGCACGUGUCAGUGACUUCUGCUAUAGCAGGGGCGGCUGAGGGGGAGGUAGAUGACGCCACGGAUGAAGAGGCCGAGGCCAAGGAUGCUGCCUUCAAGACGAUGACUAGUGCCAACGGGAAUGCCUCUGGCUUGCAGGAGUGGGUAGAAGAGGCCUACACUGGUUACCCGAUAGCAAGGGAUCGUCAUCAUGCCCAUGGUAUACUCCAUCGCCUUGAUGUGGGCACUAGCGGUCCUCUACUGUUGGCUCAUAGUUAUAAAGGCUUCUAUAUGGGCCGCUUGGUCUUCUGUUCCCACCAGAUCCUCAAGUCGACUCUGGACAAUGGGCAGUCCUACAGCACCACGUGUGUAGUAGCGCCUGAUGGAAAGCCUUCCCUUACGGAAGCUGUACCGGUGGCCCAUUACAAUGACGGAUCUGGCGAGGAAUAUUCGUUGGUGUUAGUGAAGUUGCAUACAGGAAGAACACAUCAGAUUAGAGUGCAUAUGGCGUACAUCGGCCAUCCCUUGGUAUGCGAUCCGAAGUACGGUAAUCCGACCGACCCCGAGGCUGCCAAGGCGGUGUGUGCAAUAGACAGAUUGUGGUGUCCUCGGACCUUCCUGCACAGCUAUCGACUCUGUUAUAAUCAACCAAUGGAUGUUGUUGAUGAGAAGGAUGCUACUGUGGACGUGUACGUGCCGAUGCCCUUGGAUCUACGUCUGGCUCUGGGCAAGUUGACUCCUGUAGAGGAGCAUUGUGCUGAGACUGCACGAUGGCUGAGUGGCAAGAAGUGUGAUAUUGAGGGAAAGAGCUUCGAGUCGAAGUAG